UAAAAAGUUAAGAACCGAUAAAAACAGUUCACACUAAAAUGGCUUUAAAAACUUUAAAAUUAACAUCUCUUCUAAAAAAUUUCGGCAAAAUUAAUGCGAUAAAAUGUAGGGAAUCAUCUCAAUAUUACCCUAUUGAUGAGCAUAUUUUUGGCUUAACCAGUGAACAAAUACAAUUGAGGGAGUCGAUUUUCCAAUUCGCUCAGAAUGAAUUGGCACCUAAAGCAACUGAAAUAGACAAAAAAAAUGAAUUUUCAAAUCUAAGGGAUUUUUGGAAAAAAUUAGGCGAUCUAGGAACAUUAGGAAUAACUGUAAACCCUGAGUAUGGGGGCACAGGGGGUAGCUAUUUGGACCAUGUCAUCAUAAUGGAGGAAUUAUCUAGGGCUUGCUCUGCUAUAGCUUUGAGUUAUGGGGCCCACUCAAACUUGUGUGUGAACCAAAUACACAGAAAUGGUAGUCAUGAGCAGAAGGAGAAAUAUUUGCCAAAAUUGUGUAGUGGUGAAUAUAUAGGGGCCCUAGCAAUGUCAGAACCUGGGGCUGGAAGUGAUGUAGUUUCUAUGAAAUUAAAAGCUGAGAAAAAAGGAGAUCACUAUGUUUUAAAUGGUAAUAAAUUUUGGAUUACCAAUGGGCCAGAUGCUGAUGUUUUGGUGGUUUAUGCCAAAACUAACUUAGAUGCUAAAAAACAACACGGCAUUUCAGCUUUUAUUGUAGAAAAAGGUUUUCAAGGAUUCUCAACUGGUCCAAAAUUGGAUAAACUGGGAAUGAGAGGGUCAAACACAGCUGAACUAAUCUUUGAUAAUUGCAAAGUUCCUAGAGGGAACCUAUUGGGAAAUGAAAAUAAGGGUGUUUAUGUACUAAUGAGUGGCCUAGACCUGGAAAGACUGGUCUUAGCUGCUGGCCCAGUUGGUAUAAUGCAAGCUUGUUGUGAUGUUACUUUUAAUUAUGCUCAUAUACGUAAACAAUUUGAUACAAGAAUAGGAGAAUUUCAACUUAUACAGGGUAAAUUAGCCGAUAUGUACACCACCCUUAACGCUUGCAGGAGUUAUUUGUACAGUGUUGCCAGAGCGUGUGAUAGUAACAAAGUGAACGCGAAAGAUUGCGCCGGUGUCAUUUUAUAUUGCGGAGAAAAGGCCACUCAAAUGGCUUUGGAUGCUGUACAAAUUUUAGGUGGUAAUGGUUAUAUUAAUGAUUACCCCACCGGAAGAUUAUUAAGAGAUGCCAAAUUAUACGAAAUUGGAGCUGGAACCUCAGAAAUUAGAAGAAUGAUUAUUGGAAAAGCUAUUAAUUCUGAAUACUCAUAGAAGAU